AUGUUUUUACUAAUUCUAUUCAUAACUUGUAAUGCUUUUCAUCAUUAGGGAACAUUAUAAACAAAUUAUACUUUGAAUCUUACCCUAAAUUUUACUGAUCAAGCUCCCAGUAUUGUGAUCAAGUUUUAUUUGCCAAUAGCAAGAUAAAAUUAAAAACUUGUUGCUUGCUUUGUAUCAUUAGAUAAUUUAUCAUAAUUAUCUUUUAACUUAGAUGAACUUAAAUUAAAAACCUAAACAAAAAUUUCAUAUGAUUUUCACAGCAUUCAAUCAAACAGUGAUAUAUAAUUAGUUUAAUAUCCUUAUUAUCCAAUGGUUUAUUUGUUUUGUUAAUCCGAAUAGAGUGUAUCAAUUAAUUACGAGCUAACAUACCUAGAAGAAUUUUUAAAUCCAUUUUGUAUAAAUAAUUGUAAAGGAUAUAGUGAAGUAAAAAAUCAAAAUAGUUCUCGUUGCAAAAGAGAUUAUUGUGAAUGUUAAAUUGAUAGACUUGGAGAAUUUUGUUAAUUAAGUUCUUCAUAUUUAAUAAAUAACAACUGGGUUAAAGUAAAGUUAGAUUCUUAUUAAUGGAAAUAUUUUUAUUAUCAAAUAAAAGAUAUAAAUAUUGAAUUUCAUUCAAACCUAGAUUAUUAUGAUAACUCUAUUAGUAAUAAUAAUUUAUUUAAUAUAGUGUAUAGUUUAGAAUUAAGAUAGUUUAAUUGGUAAUUGAUUCCAAAUAAGAAAUAGAGUUAAAAUUUAAAAAACUGUUCACAUUUAUAUGAGAUUUUAGAUAACCUAAUUAAUGAAGAUUCUAAUUCAAAUAUUUUAUACAUAGGAUUUUUUAAUAACAAGAGUUCCUAAGUUGAAUUUAAUUUGAGUAUUGUAACAACAUCAUCAAAUGAUGACUACGAUUAAGCUGAAAGAAAUAAAUUAAUACUUAUAAUAAUUGGUUCAGUUGUUGGUUUCUUAUUAUUACUGUCAUUUUUUUUAAGCAUAUUCAAUAAUUAAAGAAAUCAUUAAAUUGAAAGAGAGAAUACAGAAUAAAAUUUAGAAUAGAUAUAAAUUGCAUAUAAAUCACCUACAGGUAUAAAACAAUUCUAUUUAGGAUUUAAUAAAUAGUUCAUUAACGACUAUUUUGGUCCUAUUGUUUACUAACAUAUAAUAAAAUCUUAUCCUGGGCUCUCACAAUUUGAAGAUUGUGUAAUUUGUCUAGAGUCUUUGAAAGAUGGAAAAACUUUAGAGCUAAAAUUUUGCUCAGUUACUCCAUGUUUUCAUAUUUUUCAUUAAUAAUGUUUAAGCACUUGGUUAUAAAAGUAGCGAAAUUGUCCAUUCUGUAGAAAAGAAUUUUAUAGAAACUAAAUUUAAAAUCAACAUCCUUGGAUAGAUUCAUCUAAAGAAGGAAGAAAAAGUAUUUAAGAAUAAAACUCUUAAUAUCUAUAAAGAUUGAAACACACUCAAAAUACGGAUUAGUCGCAAGAUUUUUAGUUGAAUGAAAGUUAGUAAGAUCUUGUGCAUGGAAAAAAUAGAUUAACGGUUUAGAGUUGA